AUGAAAUCCCUUCUCUCCCUGAGGCUCCUCUCCUCCAAACCCACCACCCCUCUAUCCCCACCCCUCCUCCUCCUCCUCCUCCUCCGCCGCUCCUUCUCCGCCCAGCCCCAACACUCCGAUCCCACCUCCACCCCUUCCUCCUCCUCAGAAUCCGACUCCGAAUUCGACUUCAACAGCACCCACUACGACCUACCCACCGCCCUCUCCGAUCCCAAACCCCAAACCCGGACCUGGGACAGCAAGUACCGGAGCAAAGCCGAUAGGGUGGUCCCUGGAGAUGAGGCCCACAAGGCCAAGCUGAGAUUUUUGAAGGAGGAGGAGGACGAGAGGAGGCGGAGGGUGCUCGCUAAGGCGCUGCUUGAGGCGGCGCUGGAGAGAGGUGAUGAGGAGGAAGACGAGGAGGAGGAGGAGGUUGUGAAGGAGGAGGAUCAGAAGUCGGUGACUGUUGGGAUUAUUGGGGCUCCCAAUGCCGGAAAGUCUGCGCUCACUAAUUACUUGGUUGGAACAAAGGUUUCUGCUGUUUCGCGGAAGACAAACACAACUACUCAUGAAGUGUUAGGAGUUAUAACAGAAGGAGACACCCAGAUUUGUUUCUUUGAUACUCCGGGUCUUUCAAUAAACACCCGCGGAAUUCCGUACAAGGAUUUCAAGGCCCGUGUUGAAAGUACUUGGAGCUCAGUUAAUUUAUAUGAUGUCCUCAUAGUUAUUUUUGACGUCCAUAGGCAUCUUACCAGACCUGAUGUAAGGGUUAUAAGAACGAUCAAACGCAUGGGCAUGGAGCCACACCCAACACAAAAGCGAGUUCUAUGUAUGAACAAGGUUGAUUUAGUUGAGAAGAAGAAGGAUUUAUUAACGGUUGCUGAGCAAUUUAAAGAUCUUCCUGGGUAUGAUAGGCAUUUCAUGAUUUCAGGUCUGAAAGGCUAUGGAGUUAAAGAUCUUACUGAAUACUUGAUGCUUCAGGCAGUUAAAAGACCUUGGGAAGAAGAUCCCUUCACCAUGAGUGAGGAAGUUUUAAAGAAUAUAUCACUAGAAGUUGUUCGAGAAAAAUUGUUAGACCAUAUGCAUCAGGAAAUCCCGUAUGAUAUUGAUCAUCGUUUGAUAGACUGGAAGGAGUUACGAGAUGGUUCUAUUCGGAUUGAACAGCAUUUCAUCACUCACAAACCAAGCCAACGCAAGAUUCUUGUAGGAAAGAGAGGCGCCAAAAUAGGGAGAAUUGGCAUAGAAGCCAAUGAAGAGCUAAGGUCCAUCUUCAAGAGGGAUGUGCAUCUCUUUCUCCAGGUUAGACUUAAAUGAUUCAUUAGCGCACUGAGUCUGAGGUCGAGAAGGCACUUUUCAUGCCAUACUAUGUAGAAGUCAAACUUAGUGAAUAUCCCAUCCAUCACAAGAUACAAGUGCACCUCACUUGUGACAUGCUUAGCAAAUAGAGUUGAAUGUCAAAAGGUGCAGCAUUUCCUUUCAUACUCAGCAAGAUUACACAAGGAAGAGUCUCUGUUCUAUCAGUACUCUACUCAUGCACUCAUCAACUUCACCAAAAGGGGCUUUAAUGGCAGAAAAGCUUUUUAUUUUGGUAUUGUUGUCGGUGACGAGUAAUAGGAAGCCUCCAUUUACCAAGGGAACACAAUAGUCCUGAAAGAAGAUACAGUAUCCAGUCUCUUGAUUUUUCUUUAAUUACUGACCUUGUUUUUCCUUCUCUUUCAAUCCUGUAUUUUACGUACCAGCAUAUAUAUGAAAGCGCUUAAGCAAGGUUCUCUCAUUUGAUUCAAUCCAGAAUUACAAAUAUCAUUUUUCUGGCAUUCAAAACCG